UUUGGAUAUUUUCGAAAAAGUCAUCCCUUAUCUGGGGAAUGAAUGAAAAGAUCCGAUUCAAAUUAAACAUACGACAGACACGAACGAAACAAUCUCAGUCCUUGGUUGUACACUCAACGCUCUCCCUUCCCAUCUACCUCUCUAUCUAACCCACACGAUCAACCGAACUCAGACUCCCUGCACUGCAAAAUGGACAGAAGGGUAGCUGGGAGAAACCCACACGCAUCGACCGCCGAUCUCCUCACCUGGUCGGAGGUUCCUCACUCCGAUCCCCCGGCGACCACUCCCUCCGCUACCCGCUCCUCCCACCAGCCGUCGGAUAAAAUCAGCAAGGUGGUGUUCGGAGGUCAGGUCACCGACGAGGAAGCUCAGUCUCUCUCCAGCACGAAGCCAUGUUCAGGGUAUAAGCUUAAGGAGAUGACUGGAAGUCGCAUUUUUGGAGCUGAAGGUACAGCUGAUGAUGCGUCUGAAACAAAUCCUGCUAACCCUAAUGGUAGAACCACAGUUCGUAUUGUUCAGCAGCAAGCCGCGAAUGGGAUUAGCCAAAUCUCGUUCAGCACGGAGGAGACGGUCUCUCCCAAGAAGCCUAAUUCUAUAGCUGAAGUGGCUAAGCAACGCGAGCUGAGUGGAACUCUACAAACUGAUUCCGAUUCGAAGAACAAGAAGCAGAUAUCGAAUGCGAAAAUCAAGGAGAUCAGUGGACAUGAUAUCUUUGCCCCUCCGCAAGAACCAGCUCCUCGAUCUGUGCACGUUGCACGCUCACUGGAAUCCAGGGAGAACAGCAAGGACAGUGGUGAACCUGCUCCACGGAGCAUUCGUACUUCUGUCAAAGUGUCGAAUCCUGCUGGUGGCCAGAGCAAUAUCCUAUUUGGUGACGACUCAGUGGUGAAGACAGCAAAGAAGAUACACAACCAGAAGUUUCAGGAGCUAACAGGAAACAACAUAUUCAAGGGAGAUGUUCCACCUGGAUCAGCUGAGAAGACACUAAGCACAGCCAAACUUAGAGAGAUCAGCGGCAACAACAUCUUUGCUGAUGGAAAGUCAGAAUCCAGGGACUACUUUGGUGGCGUUCGCAAACCCCCAGGCGGAGAGAGCAGCAUUUCACUCAUAUAGACCGCUGCUAAAUGUUCCAUUCCAUCACCAGUUACUACUCUGAUGAAGAUCAAAUGUCACGCACCUGCACCUGGAGCUCCAGACCCAGAAUAUGCUCUUAGCUUAGUUUAGUUUCUGGGAUUCCAUGGUCUAUGGUGUCGCUUUCACUUUCCACUUUUUUGCCCUUAUUCACCAUCUUAACUUAACUAUGUAUGGCAUAAAGUGUUGGAUUUCACAGGCUUGUGGAGUUAUCUAUGUAGUACUACUCCGCAGAGGGCAAAACUUGAGACGGUUUGUAUUUCGCUUAAGGGCUAUCCUUAACAAUGUAGGGUUGUUUUUUUGGUAGCCUGAUGAAUGAAGGAGUAUUCUUCAUCUGAGGAAGUAGGAACAGCCCCUGAAAUAAAAGAACAUCAGAAAAGUUGGCUUCUGAUAUAAGCU